AUGAUGGAUGAGCAAGGCGUCUUCGUAAGAGAUCAACUAGUCAAUGAUAUUAAGUCAAUAAAGAAGACACUGAAAAGUUGGACUAAAGUGUUUACUUAAAUCAUGGAAUUAUAAGUAUAGAAUUCUAAACAACAAAAUCAGAAUGUAUUAUCAUAUUAAUACAACUUAGACCAUUCUUAUACAGCAGAUAUUGUCAUACUUCUCAAAACCAAGCAAGAAACCUCAAUAAAUGCCAAUCUCUCCUAUUCGAAGGAUGGGACAUAAAACAGAGCCAGAUGAUUUCUUUCUCAGAAAAUUAGAAGAUACAGAGAUAUACAACAAUGAUAAUCUUCAAAAUGAACUAAAUAAUCCUAAAAAAGUGAACAUAUUCAUAUUUUAGAUGUCAAUUGUUAAUUAUUAAGGAACGCCAUUUGAUAGUGCUUAUGAGAGUAUCAACCGAGAAAUGCAAUAAUAUUAUGAGCCUGAAAAUUAAGUGACUGAGUAAUCAGCAGAAGUAUUCAAAAAUUUCAACAAAAUUGGGUAGUAAGGUAUUAAAGCAACUCUCAAUAUGGAGGGUUUCUCAUUACCUUAAAGCACAAAAAAUAACACUGAUCGUAAAAACCUUAUAUAACCUUGUACGCUUUCAUCAAAACAAUUAUAAAUCCAAGAAUCUAAAGAGAAUAUGAAAAACUCUAAAUAGCUUGAUAUGAAAAAGAUUAAAAUUAAAGAUUAAAGAUUAUCAACAGUUGUUGAAGAACCCUCUGCAUAUUUAAAUAGUUAAUAAAAUACCAAACGUAAAACUUCCUAUUAUUUUAGAGGUUCUUCUUAGUAUUGGUGGAUCUCAAAAUAUUGUAUAAUCCUGUUAAAAUAAAAAUUCCAUAGCAGGAUUUGAAUUUUAAAUCCCGCUGCAGUCAUCUGUAUCAAAAACUCCAAAUAAUAACACUAAACCCUAAAAUUAUUUUGCAGACAAUACUCGAUCAGGCUCCAAAUCCUUGUAUCAAAAUAACUUUCCUUAAAACAUCCAAUAUAUCAAUAAUUCCAAUAAUAAAUAAAACCCAAUCAAAUAUGAAUAUCUUAGCUCAGUAAUUAUAAAUAUCUAUAUUAUAUUUAGAGAGCCAAAAGUUUUAGUGAUCAAAAUAGUAAGAGACAACCAAGUAAAAAAUGCUUAGAUUUGGAAUUAAUUGAUAAAUAAUACGAAAAUAGUUAAGAGAUUUUAAAAAAAACUAAUACUUUGCGCAAAACAUGA